CCUAAAGCAUAUUUUUGCAUCACAGCUGCCAUACAUCGGCGCUGACUUUUGCAAAAUUUACAUUCUUUCAAUGUAUGAUUUUUAAAUGAUCUCAUCAAAAAUAUGAAGACUAUGGGAUUUGUUCCCACUACUCUUAUUGAGGUAUGUGGAGGGGUGUACAGUAUAAAAAGAGUUUAGGCAUCGGUACCCGUUUGUUACCGGACAGCAAAGGUUUCUGAAACGUUACUGCAAUCGGUGAAAGAUGAACUUCUCGAGGAUGAACUAUUACGUUCCAAUCCAGCAAAAUAAUGUGUGUGAUAAACCAACAUUAUCACAACCGCGUUAUAUUCCGCGCAUCUUGGGAAGGAGAUAUGCUUUGACUGCUACAGCAUAUAAAUAUUUGGACAUCGGAAUCAGAGUGGAAUCUAUGCCCUGUGUAGAAUUAUUGAUUGGUGACAACCGAAGUCGCAUAGGUCACCUACACCUGACUUAUGCGAUAUGGAAAACGUUCAUCGAGAGACGUGCGGAUAUUGUGCAAUUCAUGCAGGCAGCUGUACCUUCUUCAAAAAUUUUGAUUCAUGAUCUAGUUAUAGAUCUCGUAAGUAUACGUAAAGAAAAUAUUGUAAAGUUAACAUUAUAUAAUACUAGUAUGUAUAUGAAACCAUCAACCAUACAAUUUUUAUUAGAACUGGAAGAUUGUGUUGAACAAGUAUGCGAUCAAUUGCAUCAAAAUAUUUAUAUUGUUGGUGAAAAAUAUAAACAAUUUGUUACUAUUUUACGUCAAAAUCAUGUCACUAAUAAAAGUAAUGCUGUAAAGAUAUUACAUAAAAAAUAUGAUAAGACGUGUCUCGUAGAUUGUGAGUUAUUGGCUUAUGCAUCCGACAAUAUUGUAUAUGAUGCUUUACAAAACGAAUAAAUGAAAAAAAGUCUCAUAGAUUGUGAACUUAUGCAUCAGACAAAUAUUGUAUAUAAUAUGUUAUGAAAUAAAUAAAUGAAAAAAUUCAUAAAUAAUUAUUCUAACUUAUUUUCUCUCUGCCCUAUUCCUUUACGGUAUAAUGGCGUGCGGAACUUGGUAGGAGGUACAUAGAUAAGAUAGGUGAGAACGUAUAUAUGUGGUCGCAUAUGAAAGAAUGGAUGAAAGAGAAAGAGAUAAGGUUGCAUGGUUGGAGAUAUCACGUACGGGUGAGAGAGACAGAUUCACAAUAGAGGGAGAGAGCAAGCACCGCGGUGAUGGCUGCUGAAAGAGAUCGCGUACGGGCGAGAGAAAUAGAUUCGCAACAGAGGAAGAGCGCGAGCACCGCGGCGGUGGGCGGCGGGCGACGGGCGGCGGCGGCGGUCGCGGACUCCGAUUCCCCCUCUUCCGCUCCCGGGCCGCGGACCCGAAAAUCCCGCGUCAGCAAUUCCCGCACCGCGAGAUCCCCCCUCCCGCGUGACGUCAUACCUCCGCGUCUACGGGUACCCCCCCGCACACCCGCUCCCCCUCGGAGCCCCGUAGUUAGAAUCGGCUUAGUAUUAAUUACUUAUUUUGUCUCUUUUCGUGUUGGACAUCCCCACCACUCCGUUUUCUAGAAGGAAAGAAGCGCCACAUAUACGAGCAGUACGACAGGUACGAGCCUACUUACUUGGUGUCUUACUUGAGCCUUGGGCUGUUACAAUUAGUGCAAAAAAUUUUUAUAUACGAAAGUAAUACUGUGCAUUCAUUGAUUGGCAUGCAUCUUUUAGAUUCUAAAUUAUGUACCACUUAAUGAAUGCACAGUGUUAUCUUUGUAAGAAAUUUUUUUCGUACGAGUUUGAGAAUCGGACUUCAGAUUGUAUAGUUACGAACCUGUUCCCACACGAAAAAA